CAGAAGGCGGCUUUCAGACUCCAGAGCCUGGGGGCUGAGGAGUGUUUCAGGUUGUGAGAGUGAGUGAUCCUUGGCAAGCACUGGAACGGUUCACUCCAUGGGGUCAGAAGCUGCUUCCCUGCUUACUUUCUUAGGACUCUAGGAAACAACUCCAAGUUGGACAGUUCCAUUGGAUUGGACAUAUUUGUUACUCUACUGUUUUGGCAUCUGUUCUAGAACAUAUGCAAUAAUGUCACCUCAAAAGAGAGUCAAGAAUUCCCAGGCACAAAAUAGGACUUCACAAGUUAGUAAUAGUUGUCAGACCAAGCUCUCAGCUUGGAAAGCAAAACCAAGCAACUCAAAGAGCAUCUUGAAACAAAACAACACAGUGGAAGAUUGUGAACAUGGUGAUGAUCAAGCUGAAGAUGCUCUGCAAAUAACAUUGGAAUACUUUGAAAAAGGUCCUAUUAAAACUUCACGAAGUAAAAAUAAAAUCUUGGAAAAACACUUGAAAACUGUGGAGAAUAUGGCUUGGAAGAAUGGGUUAGCUCCAGACGCAAUUGACAUUCUAUUAAAUGCAGCACUCAGUGGCAAAUUUGGGAAUGCUGUAAAUACUCGGAUACUGAAGUGCCUGAUUCCAGCAACUCUAAUAUCAGAACAUUCUGUGGUUAAGGCAGUCUCCUGGCUCUGUGUUGGCAAGUGUUCUGGUAGCACCAAGGUACUUUUUUAUCGAUGGCUGGUUGCAAUGUUUGACUUCAUUGAUAAUAAGGAGCAAAUUAACUUGCUUUAUGGCUUCUUUUUCGCUUCAUUGCAAGAUGAUGCACUGUGCCCUUAUGUCUGCCAUUUGUUAUAUUUACUUACCAAAAAAGAAAAUGUCAAACCAUUUCGUGUGAGAAAGCUGCUUGAUCUUCAAGCUAAAAUCGGAAUGCAACCUCAUCUCCAAGCUUUGUUGUCACUAUAUAAGUUCUUUGUUCCUACUUUGAUUUCUGUAUCUCUGCCUGUAAGGAAGAAGAUCUAUUUUAAGAAUUCAGAGAAUAUGUGGAAUUCAGCUCUACUUGCUAUGAGGCUAAGAAAUCAGCAACCUUUUCCAGAACCUCUAAAACUGGUGUUGGGUUCAGCUAAUGUCCGUCCUCUAAAAAGAAAAUUGAAUUCUCACUCAGUUAUACCUGCGCUAAAUUCUGGUAGCUAUACUAAAGAAUGUGGAAAAAAAGAGAUGAGUCUUUCUGAUUGUCUCAGUCACAAUAGAUCCUUUCCACUAGAACAGCUUCAAAACUUCCCUCAACUCUUACAAAACAUUCAUUGCUUAGAGCUGCCUUCUCAGAUAGGCUCAGUGCUGAACAACUCUCUGCUACUUCACUAUAUUAACUGUGUCAGAGAUGAGUCGAUUUUAUUGAGGCUCUAUCACUGGUUGAGUCAAACAUUACAAGAAGAAUGUAUUUGGUAUAAGGUGAAUAAUUAUGAACACGGAAAAGACUUUACCAACUUCCUGGACACUAUCAUCAGGGCACAGUGCUUCCUACAGGAGGGGUUUUAUUCCUGUGAAGCAUUCCUCUAUAAGAGCCUUCCUCUCUGGGAUGGCCUCUGUUGUCGGUCACAGUUCCUUCAGCUUGUGAGCUGGAUUCCUUUUAGUAGUUUUUCAGAGGUGAAGCCACUUCUUUUUGACCAUCUAGCACAGCUCUUCUUUACAUCAACCAUUUAUUUCAAGUGUAGUGUUCUUCAGAGUCUGAAAGAGCUACUGCAGAACUGGCUGUUGUGGCUUUCUGUGGACAUUUGCAUGAAACCUCUGACGAGCAGUCUUCUAGAGACAACUUUGGGUGGAUCCAUGGACUCUGUGUCUAAACUGAUUGACUAUGUAGGAUGGCUGUCCACUACUGCAAUGCGAUUGGAGAGUAACAGUACUUUCUUGUUGCACUUCAUUUUGGAUUUCUAUGAGAAGGUAUGUGACAUAUAUGUAAAUUAUAACCUUCCAUUAGUGGUAUUAUUUCCUCCUGGGAUCUUCCACUCUGCACUCCUCAGCCUGGAUACCAGUAUAUUGAACCAGCUCUGUUAUAUUAUGCACAGGUAUCAUAAAAAUUUGAGUGCAGCAAAGAAAAAUGAGUUGGUACAAAAGGCAAAAUCAGAGUUCAAUUUCAGCAGCAAGACCUAUCAACAAUUUAAUCAGUAUUUGACAACCAUGGUUGGUUGUCUGUGGACAUCCAAACCCUUCGAGAAAGGAACAUAUAUUGACCUCCAAAUCCUAGAAAGUGCUGGAAUAAUGGAAUAUAAAAACAGUUUAAAUUUAGUCUGUCACCCUUCUCUAUUAAGCUAUGCUGCCUCCUUUUUGCUGCAGGAAAACCUGGAAGAAAGGACAAUAAACAUGGGCUCUAUUCGGGGGAAGAAAUGGAACUGGUAUUUGGAAUAUUUAUUUUCAGAGGGGUUACAAGGCUUGAAACUUUUCAUAGGAAAUAAUAUUCAUCAUUCUUAUGUCCCAUGAUCAGAGCUGUCCCCUGAUAACCACCAUGGUAAAUAUUAAAUGAAUGUUUACAUACACACUGAACUUGCUGGACUAAAUUCCUUCCUCAAUGCUAGAGAGGACAAGUAGCUCAACUUGUGUUUCCCUAUCCAUUUCAUUAAUGGACUGCCAUUUUCAAGGAGUACUCAGAGUGGCCUUCUGUCCAUGGCUCAGGAGGGCCUUGGUGUGGCUAACAUAUUUUGUGAUUUAGAUUGUUAGCUUACUGGUAAAAAAUGACUUCUUCAUCAUGCUCUGUCUUCCAUCAAAUUAUACGUGAAGAGAGACAUUUGCUUUGUGGUGGGAUUUUUCACAUUUUUGUAUACUAUGAGCUGCAUUGAUAGAAGAGAGCAGAUCAUACAUAGUGGUAGAUAAUCCAUAGACAUACUCAUGCAGAAUACCCUGCUUCCUCUGUGAAACCUCUGUGGAUAUUGCCAUUUUUUCUUAUGUGAACAAAAGCAGCAGCACCAAAUUAAUAGGAUUCAACACCUAUGACUCUAAAAGCCCUGAGUAGCUGAAGGCCUCAUGGGCCUUCACUGGUAGGAAUCUGUUGAGGGAAGGAAGGGGAAAGGAUGGGGAGGGGGGAUAAUCAAGACAUUUCUGUUUAUGCUGAUAUGGUUUCAUGAAACUAUUUUAUUUGUGUGUAUAUGUGUAUGUAUAU